GCUGCGCAGCCCGGGCUUGGCGCCCGCUUGGUACCGCCAACUCCAGCAGCCCCGACCCCCGGUACCGGCCCCAUCCCCGGUAUCCCGGCCCGAGCGAUGCUGCUCCGCCUCACCCGGAGCCCGAUGGAGGGGCUGUCGGGAACACAGGGGACAUAGAGGACACUGGGUUCCCCGGGACGGGGGGGGCCGUCGGGGCAGAGGGACCCCCGGAGCUGCCGGAGCCCCCGCGCCGCCGCUCCCCGGCCGCCUCCUGCCCCGCGCCCCGGGGGAGCGGGCGGGCACAGCGCGUCGGUGCCGGUGUGUGUCGGGGGUGUGUGUCGGUGUGUCAGCGUGUGUCGGUGUGUGUCAGUGUGUGAGGGUGUGUGAGGGUGUGCGGGCUCCACUCCGGGCUUUGCGCGAGCCGCGCGCAUCAGCGGUAGGAGGGGACAGAGCCGCUCCUGCGGGCGCACCGGCACCGCUCCGCAGGUGCCGCCCGACCGGCACCGGCACCGCACGGCCCGGCGCGGCUCGGCUCGGCGUGGCACGGAUCGGCUCGGCUCGGCACGCGGGACGGGCCGGCGCGGCCGCACUAAGAUGUGCCAUGAGCGGUCCGGCCUCGGCGCCGACCGGCCGCUCCGCCUGAGCCCCGGGCAGCAGCCGCCCGCUGCCCCGCUGCCCCUGGGGCCGUAGGGCCCGCGCCCUCCCCAACGAUGCCCCAUCUCUGGCCGGCUCUCCGCGGCGUGCUCUGGGAAUACUGGGCAGCGCUCCUGGUCGGCGGCUUCUGGGGCCAGUGCUCGCACGGGAUGCCGCAUGUCAUCCGGAUAGGAGGCAUCUUUGAGUACGCGGAUGGCCCCAACACGCAGGUGAUGAGCGCUGAGGAACAAGCCUUCAGGUUUUCUGCCAAUAUUAUCAACAGAAACAGAACUUUGUUGCCUAACACAACGCUAACGUACGACAUUCAGAGGAUACACUUCCACGACAGCUUUGAAGCGACUAAGAAAGCCUGUGACCAGCUGGCGCUGGGGGUCGUCGCAAUAUUCGGCCCUUCCCAAGGCUCCUGCACCAACGCCGUGCAGUCCAUCUGCAACGCGCUGGAGGUCCCGCACAUCCAGCUCCGCUGGAAGCAUCACCCCCUGGAUAACAAGGACACUUUCUACGUCAACCUGUACCCCGACUACGCCUCCCUCAGCCACGCCAUCCUGGACCUGGUGCAGUAUCUGAAAUGGAGGUCAGCCACCGUGGUUUACGAUGACAGCACAGGGCUGAUCCGGCUGCAGGAGCUCAUCAUGGCCCCGUCGCGCUACAACAUCCGCCUCAAGAUCCGCCAGCUCCCGCUCGACACGGACGACGCGCGGCCGCUGCUCAAGGAGAUGAAGCGGGGCAGGGAAUUCCGCAUCAUCUUCGACUGCAGCCACCUGAUGGCCGCUCAGAUCCUCAAGCAGGCCAUGGCGAUGGGAAUGAUGACGGAAUACUAUCACUUCAUCUUCACCACGCUGGAUCUUUAUGCAUUAGACCUAGAACCAUAUCGCUACUCCGGAGUGAACCUGACCGGCUUUCGGAUCCUCAACGUGGAGAACCCGCACGUGUCGUCCAUCAUCGAGAAGUGGUCCAUGGAGCGGCUGCAGUCUGCGCCCAAGGCGGAGCUGGGGCUGCUCGAUGGCGUCAUGAUGACAGACGCUGCCCUGUUGUACGACGCGGUGCACGUGGUGUCCGUCUGCUACCAGCGCGCCCCUCAGAUGACCGUCAACUCCCUGCAGUGCCACCGCCACAAAGCCUGGAGGUUCGGUGGCCGCUUCAUGAACUUUAUAAAAGAGGCCCAAUGGGAAGGAUUAACAGGACGAAUUGUCUUUAAUAAAACGAGUGGUUUACGGACAGAUUUUGACUUGGAUAUCAUCAGCCUCAAAGAAGACGGUCUCGAAAAGGUUGGAGCGUGGAGCCCUUCCGAGGGUUUGAACAUCACAGAAAUUGCCAAAGGACGGGGGCCGAACGUCACCGACUCGCUGAGCAACCGAUCUCUGAUUGUCACCACGGUCCUGGAAGAGCCCUUUGUCAUGUUCCGCAAGUCUGACACGGCCCUGUUUGGGAACGACCGCUUCGAGGGUUACUGCAUUGACCUGCUGAAGGAGCUGGCCAUCAUCCUGGGCUUCAGCUACGAGAUCCGGCUGGUGGAGGACGGCAAGUACGGGGCGCAGGACGAGAAGGGGCAGUGGAACGGCAUGAUCAAGGAGCUCAUCGACCACAAAGCCGAUCUGGCGGUCGCUCCUCUCACCAUCACCCACGUUCGGGAGAAAGCCAUAGACUUCUCCAAGCCCUUCAUGACGCUGGGGGUCAGCAUCUUGUACCGAAAGCCCAACGGGACCAACCCCAGCGUGUUCUCCUUCCUCAACCCGCUCUCUCCCGACAUCUGGAUGUACAUCCUCCUCGCCUACCUGGGGGUCAGCUGCGUGCUGUUUGUCAUUGCCAGGUUCAGCCCGUACGAGUGGUACGACGCUCACCCCUGCAACCCGGGCUCAGACGUCGUGGAGAACAACUUCACCCUGCUGAACAGCUUCUGGUUCGGGAUGGGAGCGCUGAUGCAGCAAGGCUCCGAGCUGAUGCCCAAAGCCCUGUCCACACGGAUCAUCGGCGGCAUAUGGUGGUUCUUCACCCUCAUCAUCAUCUCGUCCUACACGGCCAACCUCGCCGCCUUCCUGACGGUGGAGAGGAUGGAAUCCCCCAUCGACUCGGCAGAUGACUUGGCCAAGCAGACAAAAAUAGAGUACGGUGCGGUGAAGGACGGAGCUACCAUGACCUUCUUCAAGAAAUCCAAAAUAUCCACGUUUGAAAAGAUGUGGGCUUUCAUGAGCAGCAAACCCACAGCACUGGUUAAGAACAACGAGGAGGGAAUCCAGCGAACGCUGACAGCCGACUACGCGCUGCUGAUGGAGUCAACCACCAUCGAGUACAUCACCCAGCGCAACUGCAACCUCACGCAGAUCGGGGGGCUCCUCGACUCCAAAGGCUACGGCAUCGGGACGCCCAUGGGGUCACCGUACAGGGACAAGAUCACCAUUGCCAUCCUCCAGCUGCAGGAGGAGGACAAGCUCCACGUCAUGAAGGAGAAGUGGUGGCGGGGGAAUGGCUGCCCUGAGGAUGAGAACAAGGAGGCCAGCGCUCUGGGCAUCCAAAACAUCGGUGGGAUUUUCAUUGUCCUGGCAGCAGGCUUGGUGCUGUCCGUCUUCGUGGCCAUGGUGGAGUUCAUCUACAAGCUGCGCAAAACGGCGGAGCGCGAGCAGCGCUCCUUCUGCAGUGCCAUGGCCGACGAGAUCCGGCUGUCGCUCACCUGCCAGCGCCGGGUCAAACACAAGCCCCAGGCCCCAGUGAUGGUGAAGACGGACGCCGUGAUCAACAUGCACACGUUCAACGACCGACGGCUGCCCGGGAAGGACAACAUGACCUGCAACACCGGAUUGACACCCGUGUUUCCCUAGGGAAUGGGAACGGGGGGGCGGGAGGGAAGAACUGCGGCAGAUGAGGCUGGAUGCACUCUGAACUAGGGAAGAAAGGAUUAAGAGACAAGAGGAAUAAAAUACAAAAAAAAAGCCUGGUUUGGCUCAUCUCAAGAACAAGGCCUUUGCAACACAGCUGCAUCGAUCACCGGCAGAGGAGAAAUAACUUCAAAGCACGGACUGUAAUGUGGGACUUGGGGCUUUUCUGUUUUGUUUUUCUUAUUUUUCAUUGCUUUUUUUUUAACACUUAGAUCCCACAGGCCUCAUGGAGUCCAAACACACUACCAUCCAGGAGUCUGAUGUUUACAUACUGAAAACACACGGAGGCCAAACAGAGUUGAGCCAAACUGACCCUCGGUGGGUAAGGAGGAGCCCCCGAGCUCCCUCUUUAGCAUGGCAAUAAAAAGCGACACUUGGUCAGGUGUGGCGUGCACGGCGUCUGUGCGAGCAUUUGUCCCACAGGGACACACGCGGCACGCUUCGGCUGUCCGGGAAAGGUCCGUGAGUGCCGCAGUGGCCACAGCCGUGCCGGCUGUGGGAGCAGCUCGGUGACACCAUGCCCGGGGCCGUGCUGGCCGUGCCGGGUGAAGGGGACACGGCACCGCACGCGGCCAAUCCACAGAGCUCACCGGAGAGCCUGAGUGGAGUCCAGCACCUGGGCAGGGCUGGGACAGCGCGGUGUGCGCGGGGCUGCUGCCACCACCCACACCCUGUGCCAAACCCCAGCCCAGGCCCAGGCUGACAUCUCCAGGUCCUCUGCUCCUUCGCUCUUUCCGCAAAGCUCAGUCUCUCCUGCGAAGAACCGCAGAAUGCGGCCGACCCCACGGGCUCCCGCAGCGCAGGACUGGAGCUGUUUCCAAGAGGCAAACGGUACUGAUUCCCAUGAAAUUUGGCAGCACCGCUGCAUGUGCACCUGGAGCAGGAUAGGACCAUCUGUCUGGACCAGGACUAAACGCCCCCCGUGGCAGCAGAGACCUGAACGGCCAAGGCUCAGCCCGCACGGCCAGCGCUGGGCUGGGACGAGCAUCGCGGUGCGAGCCCAGCCCGACACCCCGGGAACCGCAGCCUGCAACUCCACCCCAUCUCAGCAAACACACACCGAAACGUUUUCAAGGAAUCUUCCGUGAACUGUGUUCUUUUUAGGUUGCUUAACCCAGAAGGCUGGUCCUGCAGAUGAAUUUAGUCAGAAUUACCAAAGACCCCUCUGCUGACCUAAAGUAACGCCCGAGUAACAUCGCUCGGCUCUGUCCCUCCACAGGGAACGGCACGUGUGGCCAGGGGGACACUCUGCGGAUUAAUUAAACAAACAGAAACAGCUCUGCCCGUUCUUACCCAGAGCAUCUCAUGGCGAGUAUUGCAAAGGUGCUUAAAAGCUCUGACUUAAACGCUGGUGUUGAAGAGAAGAGCAAUGUCCUGCCCUUGCACGCGUCAGGCUGACGGUGACGGAUGGUGCCCAAGCUCCGCAGCCCCAAACUCCAUCGUGUCGUGAGCACAGCGACCGCAGCAACCGGCACCUGAACCCACCUGCUCUGCCCUUCUGGAAAGUUGAUCCUCGCCCAAAGGAACAAACCUGUUUGUAGCUGAUUUCAGGGUUGGUUGUUUUUCCCCACCUGUCUCUUCCUGAGGCUCAGUUAGGAAGGUUGUCUUUGGAGCUGAUAAGAAUUAAUAAAUUAGCUGCAGGGGAGAUAGCUGUUCCCCUGCUACCGCAGAACAUAAUUAGUCCUUGUUUUGUUUUUUCCAUGAUGUAAAAAAGCAACAUAGUGACCCGAAACAGAAGAAGGUAAUUUGCCAUAUUUUAACUCAAGUAAAGAUAUGCAAAGAAUUUACAUUACAUUUUCACAUUUUCACAGAAACCAUGAAAAAUUCGGGGUGAAAGCUGCCAACUCGACGGGCACCAUAUUCUGAGUAAUUUGCUGACCAGACGCCUACAACAGAGGAUGGAUUGAAGUGUGGGUCCCUUUCCCAAAGACAUUCUUUCUGUAUUUCUUUGCAAUCCUUAGGCUUGUCAGAGUAGUAGGUUUUAUGUUUCCUUUACAGAUUUCUAAACUCUUAGAGAUUUUUACAGUUAAGGCAGAGAGGAAAAUAAAGCCUGAAACUGGCUUUAAAUAUCCAGAGAGAUUAAGAUACCACAGAAAAUAGCAUUCAUUUUGCUUCCUGGCCUAUUUUUUAAAAAUAAAUAAAUAUUACUAGUACCAUUUAUUCAUCCUUUGCACCAGUUCGAUUUGAUUUUGCUCGCAAACAUCCCAGAGUGCCGGAUGAGAAUGUGGAAUCACUGGUGCUACCUACCAGCAGGACCAAACCCUGCGGAUGAACCUUUUUCCUUCCCUGCACCCACCAUUACUCAGCCACGAAACAGCAGCCAACGUUGCGCAGCCACACUGGGGUUUUAUGUUUAAAUCCUGAGCAUUGAGAUGUUGGACACAUUCAGUGUGGGAGCUGGGGGCUCCCUGGGACCCCCGCCCGGGAACCGCUGCCUCCCCUUCCCAGCAGCUCCUGCUCACUGGGAACUGGGUGAACUGGUGCCAGCCCUCGGCCGCGCUGCUGGGACCCAGCGCAGCUCCACCGCAGGAGGGGUAAUCCGGCUGGUGGCUGCUCAGCUCGGCAGCACCUGGCUCUCAUGUCCCCCGUGUCCCCUGAGGUGACACAGAGGAGCCGCCCAACACUUCAGAGCAAUGCGCUGGGACAGAGCUGGUGACAAAGCCUCUGCCGGCUACUUGGGACCUGUCUGUGACUAUCGGCAACUCGCGUCUUUGAAACCAUCUGGCUUCCAGCUUCGUUUCAAUCAGCUCCAUCCUUCACUUGGAAAGACUGAAAAAGUGAGGAGGAAAUGAAGAAAACCCAGGUUUGGGCUAUUAAACUGUAUCUAAACUGUUGUCACCUCAGUUCACUGUCCCUCCAUCGCUUGCUUUGUCCUUCCAGCUCUCCCGUGACACAGGGAACAGCUUUGCUCAGCGUCGCUUUUCUGCUCGGAGUUGACCAGCGGCACGAGUCGGGGACCACGGCGAAGGGGAACCAGCAGCCCCAGCCCCGGGCAGCCCCUGCUCCCCCGUGGUGGGGUCCCGGUCACGGUGACAGGACCCCCCAGAUCCCGGCGGGUGUCACUGGGCACCCACCAAACGCGUGGGGACCCCAUCACCCAGCGACCGCGGGAGCGACGGCACCGGGGCUGGCGGGACAUGGGCAACACAAACCCCCGUCUGUACCUUAUUGGGACACGUUUCUCAAAAAAAGACACAUACACAAAAAAAAGAAAAACAAAAAAACAAAAAAACAGAAAAGAGUGGAAAAAAAGGAAAAAAAUGGUCUCCAUGACAUUCAGGGGAUUUUUUCCUUUGUGGACAUGCAGAAUUUCUAUGAAUAUAGUUUUUUGUAAACAUUUUGUAACAAUUUUGGUUUCAUAGUAACUGUGUUACUUGCUGAUCAUUCUAGGCCAAUGUAAAUAAAAUUUACAGAAAAAAAAAGAAAACAAAAAAAAGAAAAAAUUCCGAUUAUUUUCCUUUUUAAGACACUGUGAUAUAUCAAAAGUGCACAGUUUGCUGUAUGAAGUAAUAUGGUUUUAAAUUUUAAAUAAAAAAGAAUUUCUAGAAAAUAACAAA